UGUGUGACUGUUUGGUUAAAACAGGGAGGUGACCAUCAGCGGCGGCAGCGGCAGCUCAGUGGAGAAUAGCUCCUCUAUGAACGCCCCUCAGCUCAGACUCUGUUCUGUGAAUCACAUUUUCCACUUUGAGCAGAGCUCCUCCAGCGCGGGCCGCGCUCUCAAACUUUUCUUCCUCCCUCCGAGGCGCAAAAAAAAAAAAAAAAAAAAAAGCAGCGGAUGCGCUGUUGGCACAUGGUUUGCGGCUGAAAACGCCCCGAAAAAAAAAGAAAAAAAAAAAAAGAUCAGGAAAGGCGAAGGAUCGGCGGACCUUUUACUGAACAAUGCUGGAGCUCUUCUCGGUUUCGUGUCUGAUGGGACGUUUGGACCAGCUGUCCUGCUGAAGCCGUCGGUCCAAAUGGAGACAAUAGGACGGGUUGUGCCCCACUCUGAGCGCUGAUCUCAGACACAGACACACACAGACAUGGAUCUCCAGGUGAUCGUCUGGCUGGUCUACAGCGUUCUGCUGCCAGCCGUCCUCCUAACAGCUUGUCUUUUUCGCUUCAACUUUCUGUCACUGGUUUACUUCCUCUAUCUACUGCUGCUGCCAUGGUUCCUGUGCCCAAACAAAUACACAGUGAGAGGUCACACUGGUCGCUUUAUUAAAACAGUAUUUUGCACCAGUCUGCUGUUUGUUCUGGCUCAUAUCUGUUUCCAGACAGUCCUGUACACGUACGCUCCUCUCAACACUGCAAUAGGAUAUAACUGUUCACAAUGGGAGACCAUAACCAGACACAUCGGACUGUCCAGGCUUCCCUUGGAGGAUCCAUGGAAUGUGCUCCGUCUCCUGUGUCCGGAUGUAGGAGUGUGUGUGGUGUCACUUGUUACUAUUGUCCUCUGCAGCAGAUUGGUCAGGAACAGAGAAAUGGUGGCUGCAGCCAAUAUAACAUCACUGGAAGAGGAAUCUGCAGACACAACAACAGAGAACGAGGAGGAGGAAGAGUCAUCAGUUGACGAAGAGGUGGAGGAAGAGGAAAGGUCGUCCAACGGUGACCCUGACGAGGUUUCCACAGCAACCAGAGCCAAGCAGCGGGCAGAAGGUCUCAAAGUCAAAGUGCUGAAAAUCCUGCGGGAUCUGGGCAGAGUCACGGUGGUCGUCCUGCUGGGUUUGGCGGGCAUCACGCUGCCCUCUGCCUUCUCAGCACUUUACUUCCUCCUGUUCAUUGGUGUGUGCACAUGGUGGGCGUGCCAUCUACCCAUCAGCCACCUGGGGUUUAAUGCACUGUGUGUGAUGGUGGGCUUCUUCGCUGCCGGCCACCUGGUCUGUCUGUACUUGUACCAGAGUCUGCUGGGCCAGGGCCUCUUCCCUCCACACAGCCUGUGGGCCAGACUGUUUGGUCUGAAGGACAUCAUCAUACCCGGAAACUGCUCCACGCCUGAUGACCUCAUCCUCAAUCCCAGCCAUGAUUGGCCGGUUUACGUCAACCCAGGAAUCCUGCUGGUCCUCUACGUUACUGUGGCCACUGUUAUCAAAUCAGGACUGCACGCUGCGUCUAACCAGCAGGAGAAAAGAAAAGCUUCAGCGGAAGAACUGGUUGAGCUAAAGUCUUGGAAUCAACCAAAAGACGACUGCGAAGACGAGACACAGAUCACCCUGGUGUCCAGUAAAGCAGAAGGUCCAGAGGAAACUACGGCUGGAGAACAUCAGUCAGGUGUCGCUGCGGCCCCCGGGGGACAGCUGAGCGAGAGCCCAUUCUUCCUGCUGGGGCGGGUGGUCAUGCAGCAGAGUUAUGUCUGUGCUCUCAUAGCCAUGAUGGUGUGGAGCAUCACCUAUCACAGCUGGCUGACUUUCGUUCUGCUGCUGUGGGCGUGUCUCAUCUGGAUGCUGCGUUCCAGACGCCAUGCAGCCACGCUGUGCUCUCCGUUCAUCCUGCUCUACGGCCUGGCUCUGUGCUGUCUGCAGUACGUCUGGGCCAUGGAGCUGGAAUCCAUCCUGCCCACAAAGGUGGGGACCAUGAGUCUAAGACAGCUGGGCCUGGACAGAGCCCAGUAUCCCUGCCUCAGACUGGGAGCUAUGUUGCUGUUUACCUUGACCUUCUGGCUGCUGGUGCGUCAGUCAGUGAAGGAGAACUUCAGGAGGAAGAGCAAAAUGUCUACGCCCCUACAGGAAGUCACUACAAAAGAACUGGGCGCUGGCAGUGAAUCGGUGCUGAAGGUUCUGGGAGGGAUGGUGAUGAGCUGCUAUGCCAAAUACUGGAUCUAUGUUUGUGGAGGGAUGUUCAUCAUGGUCUCCUUUGCUGGAAAACUAGUUGCCUACAAGAUCGUCUACAUGCUGCUCUUCCUUCUCUGCCUCUGCCUCUAUCAGGUGUACUACUCUCUGUGGAGACAUCUGCUGAAGCUCUUCUGGUGGCUGGUGGUGGCCUACACCAUGCUGGUGCUCAUCUCCAUUUACACAUACCAGUUUGAAGACUUCCCCGAAUACUGGAAGAACCUCACUGGUUUCACAGAUGGACAGCUGGCGGCCGUCGGCCUGGAGACGUUCGCUCUGUCAGAGCUCUUCUCCAGCAUCCUCAUCCCGGGUUUCUUCCUGCUGGCCUGCAUCCUGCAGCUGCACUACUUCCACAAGCCCUUCAUGAAGACCACAGACCUGGAACACGUUACCCCCAAACACAGGAGGAAGAAUAAAGAAAGAAGGGAGGAAGUCGGCUCUGGUAAUGUGAGGGUAAACCCUGAUGAAGAAGAACAAGAAGUAGAAGAAGAAGAACUGGUGGAAGAUGAUGAAGAAUCUGAAGAUGAAGAGUUGGUUCCCACUAAGUGGGGCCUGGUGAUGGACAGGAUUCUGGUUCUGUCCAGGAAGUUCACCGACAUCCUUACUAAAGUCCAGGGGUUCCUUUGGAGAAUUCUGGAGCUUCACAUCCUCAAAAUGGUGGCCUUUUUCUCCGUGUGGGUUGCACUUGAAGAGCCAUCGGUGAUGAACCUGGUUCUGGUGGUGUUGUGGUCUCUGGCGAUGCCGUUUAGCCGCUUCAGGCCCAUGGCAUCGUGCCUGUCCACGGUCUGGGUGUGUGUCAUCAUCGUCUGCAAGAUGCUGUACCAACUUAGUGUGGUCAACCCCACCGAGUACUCCUGCAACUGUAGCAUGCCGCUAACAAACACAACCAACCUCCUACCAGAGGAGAUGAUGAACUCCACACUUUACAAGGAGCCUAUAGAUCCAGCCAAGUGGUUUGGCAUAAGGAAAGAUGCGACUGCUUUGGGGUACAGCAAGAAUCAUCUGAUCGUGCUGAUGCUGCUGGUGUUUGAGGCUACAGUAUAUCGUCACCAGGCUCACCAUUAUCGGCAGCUGCUGCGAUCCCCUCCCGCCAUACCGACUCUCUUCCCCUCUGCAAAGAGAGACACUUUGGACAACGGCCUCGUUCCGUGCUUGAAGUACCUGCUCAACUACGCCUUCUACAAGUUUGGGUUGGAGAUAUGCUUUCUGAUGACGGUGAAUGUGAUUGGUCAGCGGAUGAACUUUUUGGUCAUAAUCCAUGGCUGCUGGAUGGUGGCCCUGCUGGUAAGGCGGCGGCGAGCGGCGAUAGCCAAGAUCUGGCCUAAGUACUGCCUCUUCCUGUCCAUCUUCAUGAUCUACCAGUACCUGCUGUGUGUGGGCAUUCCUCCUGCUCUCUGCAUAGAUUACCCAUGGAGGUGGAACAAUCAGCUGUUGAUGAGCUCAGCGCUCAUUAAAUGGAUCUAUCUGCCCGACUUCUACACCGUGCCCAACUCCAAAAACCUGAUGGCGGACUUCCUGCUGCUGAUGUGUGCGUCCCAGCAGUGGAAGGUGUUUGAGUGUGAGAAGCAGGAGGAGUGGAUGGUCCAAGCAGGAGAGAACACCGAUGAGCCUGAUCCAAUGGAGGGCCAGCUCUUUAACCCGGCGCCUAACUUCAUCAACUGCAGGAGUUAUCUGGACAUGGUGAAGGUUCUGGUGUUUCGGUACUUCUUCUGGUUCGUGCUGUCCAUGGUGUUCAUCACAGGCGCCACCCGGAUCUCCGUGUUCGGACUGGGUUAUCUGAUCGCCUCCUUCUUUUUCCUGCUGUUUGGAACCAAGCUGCUGGUCAAACCGUCCAGAGUCCGUCUGAUGCUGUGGGACUGCCUCAUCAUCUACAACGUGGCCGUCAUUAUAUCUAAGAAUGCCUUAUCUAUCCUGGCCUGUGUGUUUGUGUCUGAGAUGCAGGCGAGGUUCUGUUGGGUGAUUCAGCUCUUCAGCCUGGUCUGCACAGUUAAAGGAUAUUAUGAUCCUGCUGCGGUGAGCGGCGACACGUGCAGUCUGCCAGUGGAAGAAGCGGGCAUUCUGUGGGACAGCUUGUGUCUGCUCUGCCUCCUGCUGCAGAGGAGAGUCUUCCUCAGUUUCUACUUCCUGCAUGUGACAACAGAGCUGCAGGCGUUUGCCAAGCAGGCGUCGAGAGGGUUUGAGCUCUUCAGAGCCAGCAUCAUGAAGAACGUUAAGUUUCACCAACAGAUCGAAAAGAAAUCGCUGUCGCAGCUCAAAAAGUCCAUGCAGAGGAUUCGCUCCAAGCAGCAAAAGUACAAGGAUGGACAGAAAAGCGGUGACGUCUCCACAGAAACGCAGGAAGCCGCCUCAAGCAGCACUGACCACUCCUCUGAAGCUGAAUCCCAGAAAGACAAGAAGAAGUCUAAGAAGAGAAACUGGUACCAGCCGUGGAUCGACCACGCAGGAGUCAUCCACUCAGGAGACUACUACCUGUUUGAGUCUGACAGCGAGGAUGAAGAGGACCUGAACUACGAAGAGAAGAAGCCUCAGGCUCAGACUGCGUGCCAGUUGGCGUACCAGGCCUGGGUGACGAGUGUGAAGGCAGCUUUGAGAGAACGCCAGAGACGUCAGGGACACAUGAAGGCUGUCAAAAGAAAAGAGUCAAAGAAAGCAGAAAGAGGAGGUUCCCAACAGGAGGCUCUUACUCUGAAGGCUUGUGCAGAUGAAGUUUUUGAGGAGGCCGAUGACAACUGUGAAGUUGAGGAACCUGAGGAGGAAGAGUCUGUGCAUGGAGAGAUGGUGCAGAAGAUCCUGGACAUCCUGCGCUUCCUGUGGGCCAUUAUCCUGGCCAUGGUGGACGGAGUGACCCAGUGGCUCAAUCUGCUCACGAAGCAGUACAGAGACACAUCCACGGUCCUGUGCAAUGAACGCUACUUCAUCAUCCACAAAAUUAAGCAGCGGGACACAGCCGAGUCCAGAGAAGACCUGGUGUCCCAGAACAGUGAGAGUUCCAGUCGGAACACAAGUUUGGAUCCAGAACAGGCUGCCAGAAGCAGAUUGGAAACCCCGAGGCGCAGCAGCAACGGGAAUCUCCUCACUGAAAACGUCCUGAGCAGCAGCGUGGGACUACAACCAGAACCGCUGAGACAAACCAGACACUCCAGAACGGCCAGUGAGAUCCUGUCCAACAGGGCUUUUUUCAUCGAGGAGCUGGAGCAGAGUAGAGAGUUCUUCAACAACCAGAACCGCCUGCUGAGGCUGCUGGUGGCCGUGUUCAACCUGCUGUCGGCCAACUCCGAGCUGCUCUGCUAUUUCAUCAUGGUCCUGAACAACGUGGUCAGUGCCUCGGUCAUAUCCCUGGUCCUGCCCAUGCUGGUCUUCCUGUGGGCCAUGCUGUCUGCUCCCAGACCAACCAAGAGUUUCUGGAUGACAGCGAUAGUCUACACAGAGGCCAUGGUGGUGCUGAAGUACAUCUUCCAGUUCGGGUUCUUUCCGUGGAACAGUGUUUAUGAGAUGACUCUGAACGAAGACAAGCCCUUCUUCCCACCACGCAUCUUUGGCCUGGAGAAAACCGACAGCUACAUCAAAUACGAUCUCCUGCAGCUGCUGGCUCUCUUCUUCCACAGAUCGCUCCUCAUGCAAUACGGUCUGUGGGAUCACGAGGGCCCACUGGAGGAGCAGUGUGCGUCAUCAGAAGAUGGACAUAAUGUCACAGCAGGAGAGGAAAAUGGGAGCAGGAAGGAGGAAGCUCAAGACGCUAAAAGAAAAGAUCAGGACAUUGAAGAAGCUGGUCCCAGCUCAGACGCCGCCACCAUUCAACCUCCUGAUGCGGCUGAGGCGCUGCCUGAUGGGCCGGGGGGCGAGCAUGAAGCCAGGAACAACAACGUGGAUGUUCUGGACAGGAGGGAGAGAAAUAGUCAACGACUGACAGGGGACGUCCCGAAGAAGGACACCAAACGGCUGAUGGGGGACGUCCUGAAAAGGGACAGCAAACGGUUGACGGGGGACGUCCCGAAGAGAGACAGCAGCAUCCGGUUCCGCAGAAAAAACAAGAAAGCCAAAAAACAGGACAGCAAAGAGUCUCUGUCAGAGACUGCAGAGUCUGUGAAGGAACCAGGGAAGAAAAAAACCAAAGACAAAAAGAGUGAGGCCAUGCUCAGAUUAAUGGCUGUGGGAUACAAGAUACAGCAAGUAUUCAUAACAGGGUUCCAGAAUGUGAAGCAGCCGGCCCAGAGUUUCUUUAGGAGUAUAACCAAGGAUAAAUACCGGGCCUCCACAGAUGUCUACGCCCUGAUGUUCCUCACUGAUGUCGUUGACUUUGUCAUCAUCAUCUUUGGCUUCUGGGCCUUUGGGAAGCACAGUGCUGCAGCAGACAUAGCGUCCACCCUAUCAGAGGACCAGGUUCCCGAGGCCUUCCUGGUGAUGCUGCUCAUCCAGUUCAGCACCAUGAUCAUCGACAGAGCUCUGUACCUGCGCAAGGCCGUUCUGGGGAAACUCAUCUUUCAGGUGAUCCUGGUUCUGGGAAUUCAUCUGUGGAUGUUCUUCAUCCUGCCUGCUGUCACGGAAAGGAUGUUCAAUCAGAACUUUGUGGCCCAGCUCUGGUACUUUGUCAAGUGUAUCUACUUCGGCCUGUCGGCCUAUCAGAUCCGCUGCGGUUACCCCACCCGUAUCCUUGGCAACUUCCUCACCAAGAAAUACAACCACCUCAACCUGUUUCUCUUCCAAGGGUUUCGCCUCGUUCCAUUCUUGGUGGAGCUACGUGCGGUGAUGGACUGGGUUUGGACCGACACCACCCUGUCCCUCUCAGACUGGAUGUGUGUCGAGGACAUUUAUGCCAACAUCUUCAUCAUAAAAUGCAGCCGGGAAACAGAAAAGAAAUACCCUCAACCUAAGGGCCAGAAGAAGAAGAAGAUUGUGAAAUACGGCAUGGGCGGACUUAUUAUUUUCUUCUUAAUCUGCAUCAUCUGGUUUCCUCUUCUCUUCAUCUCAUUGGUCAGAUCGGUGGUGGGCGUGGUUAACCACCCGAUCGACGUGACUGUCACUUUCAAACUAGGUGGUUACGAGCCCCUGUUCACCAUGAGCGUGCAGCAGCAGUCCAUCCAUCCCUUCACAGCUGCUGAGUACGACCAACUCACCAAGACGUUUGGAGACAAUGCCGUGGCCAUGCAGUUCAUCACUCUGUACAGCUAUGAGGACAUCGUGACGGCCGUGAUCGAGGGCAGCUCAGGGUCCGUGUGGAGGAUCAGCCCCCCCAGCAGGCAGGAGGUCAUCAAGGAGCUCCUGAACAGCCCUGUAGACCUGACCCUCCGCCUGGCCUGGACCUUCCAGAGGGAUCUGGGGAAAGGUGGGACCGUUGAACACACGUUUGGUAAACAUUCGAUAGACCUGGAGCCGGGGAACCCGGUCAGAGAAGAGCUGGCGUAUCUACUGAUCGGCAACCGGACUGAGCCUGUGCUCGUUCCCCACAUGUUCCCUAACUACAUGCGUGCCCCCAAUGGAGCUGAGGCCAAACCAGUCAGUCAGCUGUACAAAGACGAUGAAGCUGAUUACCAGAACAUCACCCUGUCCCUGAAGAGUGACAGGUCUGUGAACGGCUCGGGGGGGCAGGAGUGGUGGGACAUCGCCGUGGCGCCCUGCCGGCCGCCAUGCAGCGUGCUCCCCAUGGUCAUAUUCAACGACAAAGUCAGCCCACCGAGCCUGGGCUUCCUGGCUGGCUACGGGAUAAUGGGUCUGUACGUGUCGGUGGUCCUGGUCAUUGGGAAGUUUGUGCGUGGCUUCUUCAGUGAGAUCUCCCACUCCAUCAUGUUUGAGGAGCUGCCCUGUGUGGACCGCAUCCUGAAGCUCUGCACCGACAUCUUCCUGGUUCGGGAAACUGGGGAACUGGAGCUGGAAGAGGAGCUUUACUCCAAGCUGAUCUUCCUCUACCGCUCUCCAGAGACGAUGAUCAAAUGGACUCGGGACAUCCACCUCAGGGAGCAGGACUGACGCUGACUGUGAACCUGACGCGAGGCACAGUGAGGAGGCGCCCGGCGGACAGCUGAUGGCGGGCGCCUCAGGGACGCUGCUGUGUGGGCAGAGUAACGUGCAAUGUGAACCACCUCCUCAUGCUGGACUCUUUGUGUUUCUGCUGCUGCCUGAGCAUCCGGAUCAACUUGAGCACAACACUGUAGGACUCGGGCUGCGGCCCCUCCGCGGCACCUGGGGGAGAUCAGGCUGCGGCCCCUCUGGGUGCCUGUCGCAUCUCUGCAGAGCAACCAGAACUUUGACCCGGGCCGGGUUUGUAUGGGUUGGGCGGCCAGAGGAACCCAGCGGGCGUACGACUACCUGCUGGUCCAACCAGCUGCAGGCCUCGUCUGUUCACCUCCUCCAUCCCGGAUCGGGUUGGAGAGUCAUUAGAAAACAGUUUUUUAAAGUCACGGUGAUUGGUUGUCGCAGCAAACAAAAGACAAUAUGCUCACACUUUACUGGAAGAAAAAAGAAGACAUGUUUCUGUUUUUUAAAAGACGAAAAUAUGAGGUCUCAGUAAAGUUUCUGCAGCAGAACCACCCUGUCUGUUUGUUACAGAUGCAUGUAAAGACUCUUGGUCAUAUUUAACUUCUUCUAAUUCAGACUGCCCGGGUCUCUGUGCUGUCACACAAACCUAACAUUUCACACACACAUAUUGCUCUUUUUUAUCUCAAACUCUAAACAGGAGAUCUGGAGCAGCUCUCUGUUUUAAAGGGGGAGUAUGGAAUACUUGAAAUGAGGUUCUGUUGAAGGGUAAGAAGCAAACAAUAUCCUACCUAACACAACUGGCUUUUAGUUCACACAGGGCUUUGAGUGGUCAUUAUUCCUGGAAACGUUAAUAAAUCAUUAUUAAAUCCAGAUUAGUUUGUCUCAGAGGCUGAAGGCCCAAAGUAGAUUACUGUUGUCUUUUAAAGGGGCAGUAUCAUGCAUUUUAUAGCGUAAUCAAUGUUACCCUCAGUUGGGAUAAGCUUAUAUCUAUAUAGCAAACAUAAAUUCAGAUAAAUUUGACGUUGCAAUUUAAUGACUUGAAAUUGGACCCGUCUCUUUAAGAAGCUCCUGCUCUUUCUGAAUCUCCUGCUGUGAAAGUCGACACAGCAACAUUUCUGUGUUCAGCCUUUAACAUCUUUCUUAGAAGUGUUUGCACUAAGCAGAAGUGCAGCUCCACCAGGUGGUUGUUGCUGCUGCCGCUAGUCUGAAGGAGCUGAGUAGAAAAGGUGGAGAUCUGUGAGAGAAAGCGUUUAGGCACCUGCUUAUUGAUUACCACAGUAGAUUAAAGGAUUCCCCAAACAUGCAUGAAAAAAAUCAUAGCAACACUCCAUGUAUGUUUUUGAUGAGGGAAUAACAUUUUAACAUGAUGUAACACUAAAAAAUUCAAUUUUACACCAGACUGCUCCUUUAACUUA